GGACUGACGUGAGAACCCACUGCACCGGCUGAUGCGAGGGGCUAGGACUGCUGGAUGAUCAUCUGUGAUUGCCAGCACGAAGGUUCCUAUUGAGUAAGCUGCGACGGGCGUCAGGAGUUGAGAGAACCGGACAGCCGCGGAGAUAUUCAUGGAAAGUUCAUCCGUUCAUCCUUGAAGGAAUGAACGGAUGCCAAUGAUACCGUGUUCAGUUUCGACGAAGAUCUCGGUCACAUGACUCAUGCAUUGCAAUCACGCACAGCCAUCAGAACCUAUGCAACGAUGCACCAUCUGCCAGGGCUUCCACUUACUUCGACUGCUGUGAACUCCCUUUUGAGAUAACCCCCGUCUGCUCUAGAUCCACACGGCUUUCUGGAAGAUAACAACGCACAAACUCCGCAACCUGCAAGCCUCGUCUAGCACUGAGGCCUUGCCACGCGUCUCACUACCCUCCAACUGUACCUUACAAACAUGUGGGCCGGAGGAGGAGGAUACAUCCCGCCACCGACGAGUGCCGUUAUGGGCGGACAGCCGGCAUCGGGUCCCCUCGCUGGAUUCGCGGCGCAUGGGCGUCAAUCGAGUCAAUCCGGUGCGGCAGAUCCAUGGGGCAGCAUGGCCGCGCAAGGCUGGGGCGCCCUCGGCGGCGGCCGCCCGCCCACGCCCGGUGCGCCGCAGACCCCAUGGCUGCAACACCAACAAUCCGCACCGCCCGCCUCGGCGCCUCCGUGGUCUGGCCACGCACCCCCUGCGACGGGCCAGCAGCAAUGGCCGCCGCCGGGGAUGCAGCGCCAGCAAUCGCUCGGCGCACCGCCCGGGUGGGGGCCACAGCCGCAGGGGCUGCCUGCGGCCGCUGGGUGGCCCGGGUGGGGUGCCCAGGCCCAGGCCCAUUCCGCACCGUCCACACCGCACCCUGGAUGGGGUCAGUCGCGCGUCCCUGGAUGGGGCCCGAGUCCGGCGCAUGGCCCGCAGCAGUUUGCAGGGAUGACUUCGCCGACGCACGCGGACGGCUUCAGUGCAAUGGCUGCACCGCCCGAGCCGCCGAUGGGUCAGCCGAACAGCUGGUUUGGGGCGGGGGCUGGUGCAGACCGUGGCGGUGGUGGUGGAUUUCCGCCGGGUUACGCCAAUGCAACGGCGUACCCCUCCCAGGGAGCCGGGCCGAAGAAGUGGGGCGUGUAUGACCCGACGGAGGAGCUCGAGGAGGGCGAGGAGUACUUCGAUUAUUCGGAUGAGGAGGAGACGCUCAAUGGCGCAGACUGGGGUCACGCCCCGCACGUUAAUCAGCCACAGUCGAAGGGGAAACCGAGAGCUGAUCCCUGGUCUCAGCUUCCCUCUGGCUCGACAAUCCCAGCAUGGGUCCAAAACACUCCAGUACAGCAACCAAUGGGGCGGCCACAGCUGGGGCCGCAGGGUUUUGCUGCUGCUCAGGCUGGUGGCUUACCGGCGACCCCCGCCCUGCAAGCUUCGUGGGGCAUGGAGCAUGCUGCGCCGAGCGAUCGCCCGGCCUGGGCUCAUGAUCCACGUACGAUGGAAGCGUUGGCGUUAGCGCGGUCCAAGUCGCGAAACGGCGGCGCCACCUCUUCCAAGCUGAGAGGUCGGUCGAAUUCGGUUGGAGGUGCAGGGACCCCUGGUUGGGGGCAACAGCCCCUCCCGUUAAGCGAGCACAACCUCGCUCCACGCCCAGCGGCGUGGCGGGAGGGAUACUCUCCGCGGCAUGCGCAUGCUGCCGAUGGAACGUUCUCAUUCUUCCGCAAGAAGAGCCUUGACGCGAACAGCGAUUGGAUUGAUCUCAAGAAACGGACGUUGCUGCCAGUGCUCGUGUACAAUCCUGCGAAGCCGACGCUGAAGUACGACAUGCGGGACUCGCUCCAGCAAACUUCACACAUGGGCCGUUUCUCUCCUUCGAAUCCCCAUGCCUUGCUAGAGGAGGCCACCUCGCCGCCUGCAGCCAGAAUGCGACUGUACCACACGCGUCUGCCGUGGUACAUCGAUGUCGCAUCGAAGCCUGGAUCUGCGGGCGUGUCGCUCUACGACCUGCUGUUUGCUCUGCACACCCAGCUCGAUCAGCCAGUUUCGUCUGAGGACUUUUUCAACACCGAACUGGGCAAGGUCGACCGGGCAGAGCUGACGUCGACGUGGACCGUUCGGUGUCGGCGACUGCGGAAGCAGCACCUCGAGAAGGAAGAACGGGAAAAGGGCCUAAAGCGGAUCGACUUUUUGGGCUCACAGUGCUUGUUUGUGGGGUUGGUCAGGAAUAAUGGAUUGUGGGAAAUCAAAACUGUGUCUGAAUAGUGAGUGGCUUUGGAUUCUGCGCCGCUCGCUCUGGCUGACUGGAUGAUGUCCAGAUGUUGUUCACCUUGUAAUCGUUGCUACAAGUUUGUGUCCGCGCUCUGAUAUCGCCUGUUUGUAUCAUGCCAUGUAUCAAUCUCCACUGCUUCUUCUUUCGAGAGACGACUCUGAGCUCGACCAGUCCUAAGUCACCCGAGUUGGGCCGAGGAACAACGACCAGAUCAAGCUGAUUGAUCCAAAUCACGUCCCGUCCGGCGACAUCCCCAGUGUUUAUUCACCUCAAGAAAGCGGCAGGGGUAAUGCCUUCCAGGGUCGUGCCAGGAUGAAACACUGAUACUGGCGGGCCUGCCCAGGCACGGGCUGCGCAUACAUUCGCAUUCGGUCCUGUUGGGUCAUGGAUGUAUAGAUAAACAGGACAACGUGGUCUGCCGGGCAUGGACGGCCUGCUUGGCGUCCCGUAAAACUGGGCACCAGCACCGCAACUUGUAGGGAACCUGCACUGCACACUGAUAUGGAUGCAACAAGCCCGGAGACGAAGGAUAUUCUCGUGGUGUACACGGAGUCCGAGGCGGAUUGGGGCACAGUGAUCAAUGGGGUGGAAGUGACCUCCGGGAUCCGUUAUCGUGCGAUCGACGACCGCAGUCCUCAGUGGAUGCACUUUCUCGAGACGAGCGACCCCGUACAAUCCGAGUACGCGCACCGAUCGACUUUCACGUCAGACACAGCAGGGUCCUCCACCACAUCCUUGCCGGCUGAGAUUCUGUUCCUCGCAGCGAUCCUCGUGCGGAGGGAAGACGAGAUCGAGUUCAAUCAGUGGUACGAGGGGGAGCAUUUGGAGGACUAUCGGAGGGUCCCUGGGUGGUCAAGAUCGCGUCGAUAUCGGCGGCGGGUGAACACAGAUUCGGGGGACUGCGUGCAGUACCUGUCGUUCCACGAAUGGUCCCACGCCGAAUUCGCAGAGACGCCCGAGUUUGUGCAUAUGACGACAAACGCAAACACGGAGCAAUGGAAGGCUGUUCUGCCCCAAAUCGAGGUCCGGGUGUUCGAGAAAAGCGCGGUGUUCGUGCGCCAGGACUGAGGAUGGAUGGAUGGAUGGAUGGAUGGAAGAGUGGCAUGGGAAUGAUACAAGUACAGAGUAUUCAAGCUUCGACGCGCAGUAAUCGAUCGCAGCUCCUCACACCCUCUUCCUCAUCCAAAUCUUGCCUUUCGCAUUAGCGAAUCGAGCGGGCCCGAACCAUGCAUC